GAGAAAUUCUGCCUCUCAGCAUGGAACUAAGGAGGUGCACAAGCUACCCCAACUACUAUUGCUUAUCUCAUUUGAUCCAAGAGCAAAGAUGAACAGCUCCCUGGCUACCCUCGCCGUCUUCCUGGUUGCUGCUAUGUUCCUAUCCCAAGCUCAGGCUCAGUUCGAUCCCAAGCGCUGUUGUUUUGACUACGUAAAGAAGCCUAUUCCACAAAGGAACUUGAGGUCCUUUGAACGCACAAAUGCCAGGUGUUCCAUGCAAGCUGUCGUAUUUAUCACACAUGUGAAUCGGCAGAUGUGUGCAGAUCCCAAUGCACAAUGGGUCCAGGAUCGUAUAAAAUAUUUGUCCCAAAACUGACAACGUCCCACCUCCUUCAUAUUACCUGGAGAAGCCCCAAGAAGUCAAAGCUUUUAAAAUGCUUCGGAUGUGGGAAAAAAGAACAUGCGUGACUCUUAUUCUGACCUUGCACACUCCUAACUUAAACUUCAUUGAUGGAAGAUGAAAUAAUAUAUAUGUAAUAAUGUUCAUGUAAUGUAUUUAAAUUAUGGGCAAAUAUGUAUUUUAUAUUA